GAGUAAAUUAAUUGCUCAUUAAUUAAUUAAUGAGUAAUUAAUUUAAUUCCUUUAAAUUCCGGAACACUCAUGAAAGCAGCAUGGAACAAGUAUCAAACUGCACGGAUGAUGGUUUGUUUUCUGUCUGACAUAUCGAGUUUACUGAAUUGGCAACGUGUAAAGACGAAUAAGAUGGCGGCAUUUACGGAAUAUGUUCGGUCUUCUCUAGACAACAUCAAAACAGAAGAAUGUAUGCAAAGAAAGAUAAUUCUCUUGCAAACUCUUCAUGAUAGAUUGAAAGGAAAUAGUUUACAGGAAUAUAAUAUAUUUAUUGAAGAAAAGAAAUUGUAUUAUGACUUGAUGAUAUUUUUAACUGAUUCUGGACUUGUGAAGAAAAGUUUUGAGAAUGAAUUGGGUAGAGUUUUUAGAUUAAUUGAUUCAGAAGAUAUUAAAAGAGUGGAAGCCAUAUUUUCUGAACCAAUGAUCCAAUUAUCCUGA